AUGAAGGAGCCGGACGCGAUCAAACUCUUCGUGGGGCAGAUCCCGCGGCACCUGGAGGAGAAGGACCUGAAGCCCAUCUUCGAGCAGUUCGGCAAGAUCUACGAGCUCACCGUCAUCAAGGACAAGUACACCGGCAUGCACAAAGGAUGCGCCUUCCUGACCUACUGCGCCCGCGAGUCGGCCCUGAAGGCGCAGAGCGCCCUGCACGAGCAGAAAACGCUCCCGGGGAUGAACCGGCCCAUCCAGGUGAAGCCGGCCGACAGUGAGAGCCGAGGAGGUACGGCCCCCCCCGAGGACCGCAAGCUGUUCGUGGGGAUGCUCAGCAAGCAGCAGGCGGACGAGGACGUGCGCAAGAUGUUCGAGCCCUUCGGCACCAUCGACGAGUGCACGGUGCUGCGCGGCCCCGACGGCACCAGCAAAGGCUGCGCCUUCGUCAAGUUCCAGAGCCACGCCGAGGCCCAGGCCGCCAUCGCCGCCCUCCACGGGAGCCGCACGCUGCCGGGCGCCUCGUCCAGCCUGGUGGUGAAGUUCGCGGACACGGAGAAGGAGCGGGGCCUGCGGCGCAUGCAGCAGGUCGCCAGCCAGCUGGGCAUGUUCAGCCCCAUCGCCCUCCAGUUCGGGGCCUACAGCGCCUACACGCAGGCGCUGAUGCAGCAGCAGGCGGCCCUGGUGGCCGCCCACUCGGCCUACCUCAGCCCCAUGGCCACCAUGGCCGUCCAGAUGCAGCACAUGGGCACCGUCACCCCCAACGGGCUCAUCGCCACCCCCCUGCCCCCCUCCUCAGGAACCAGCACACCGCCGGCCAUGGCCGCCACCCCGGUGCCCGCCAUCGCGGCCCCGCUGAGCGUCAACGGGUACAGCCCGGUGCCGGCACAGCCCGCGGGGCCGCCUGCCCCCGAGGCCGUCUACGCCGGGGGUGUCCCCCCGUUCCCAGCCCAGAGCCCCGCCGCCCCCGGGGACCCCCUGCAGCAAGCCUACGCCGGCAUGCAGCACUACACAGGUCCCGCCUACCCCGCAGCCUACGGGCUGGUGAGCCCGGCCUUCGCCCCCCCAGGGCCCCUGCUGGCCCCCCCGCCCCCCCCGCAGCAGCAGCAGCGCGAAGGCCCCGAGGGCUGUAACAUCUUCAUCUACCACCUGCCCCAGGAGUUCGCCGACACCGAGAUCCUGCAGAUGUUCCUGCCCUUCGGCAACGUCAUCUCCGCCAAGGUCUUCGUCGACCGCGCCACCAACCAGAGCAAGUGCUUCGGCUUCGUGAGCUUUGACAACCCGGCCAGCGCGCAGGCGGCCAUCCAGGCCAUGAACGGCUUCCAGAUCGGGAUGAAGCGCCUCAAGGUGCAGCUCAAGCGGCCGAAGGACGCCAACCGGCCCUACUGA